UUGACGACGUUGCAUAUUCCUCCGGAAGUUUCCAUUCUGCUCCCGCCCAGCAAAUCCCACAUUUCUGACACUCUCUAAUCUUGACACUCUUUAUUAUGUUCUUCCAUGCCUAUAGUAAUGGCUUCUUUGUUCUUGUCGUUGAUUUUCUUUUCUGUUUUGUUAUUGUUUCAUGCAGAAACAGUGAAAUGUACAUCCCACGACGAUAACAUCCCGAGAUCAUCAGCGUCUUCCACAAACUCAUCAUCAUUCAAGCACCAUCACAGGUGGGUGGGGCCAAUCGGUCUCCGUGUAAUCACCGUUGACGCCAACGGCACCGGGCCAUUCAGAUCAGUGCAAGCCGCCGUCGAUGCUGUCCCGGACAACAAUCGAAUGAACGUCGUCAUUAACAUUAGCGCUGGAUACUACAUAGAGAAGGUGGUGGUGCCGGCGACGAAACCAUACAUAACGUUUCAGGGAGCUGGGAGGGACGUGACGGUGAUAGAAUGGCAUGACAGGGCGAGCGACCCUGGUCCCAAUGGACAGCAGCUACGUACUUACAGAACAGCUUCUGUCACAGUCUUCGCCAACUAUUUCUCCGCCAGGAAUAUCAGCUUUAAGAACACGGCACCUGCGCCGAUGCCGGGAAUGCAGGGAUGGCAAGCUGCGGCGUUUCGUAUAUCAGGGGACAAGGCGUAUUUCUCAGGCUGUGGGUUCUACGGCGCACAAGACACUCUCUGUGACGACGCCGGCCGCCAUUAUUUCAAGGAUUGCUACAUCGAGGGUUCCAUCGAUUUCAUCUUCGGGAAUGGCCGCUCCAUGUACAAGGAUUGUGUGCUGCACUCAAUAGCGACGAAAUUCGGCUCCAUAGCAGCCCAAAAGAGAAAACACGAAGACGAGAAGACAGGCUUCACUUUCGUACGGUGCAGGGUCACUGGUACUGGCCCACUCUAUGUAGGCCGGGCCUUGGGCCAGUACUCGAGAAUCGUCUACGCUUAUACGUAUUUCGCUGACAUUGUUACAGGCGAAGGCUGGGACGAUUGGAACCAUGUGGACAACAAAAACAAGACUGUGUUCUUCGGAGUGUACAAGUGCCACGGCCCAGGAGCGGCGGCGGCUCGUGGGUUGUCUUGGGGUCGUGAGCUUGACUUUGAAUCUGCUCAUCCUUUCCUCGUUAAGAGCUUCGUCAAUGGCAGACACUGGAUCGCACCUUCUGAUGCUUAAUUUUACACGCAGUCACAUAUUCUUCAUAUUUUUCAUUCUUUGCAUUAGCCUUCUGAUAUACAUUAUUUCUCAUUCGUCUGUAUACUGAUUAUUCUUUGUCAUCUUUGAUGUAUUAUUCAUUUUCUUGUUUAGACGAUGCUCCCGCUCUGUACAUCGUUUGGAUAUUUUUGUAUUUAAUUGUAAAGAAAGAGAAACGAAGUGAAAUAAAGCAAGAGUUGCAUUUUGUUA